CUCGUUUUUAAUGACUCUAGUCGCUUUUCAAAUGAAUAAUUUUAUAAAAAGAUAAGAUUGUUCUUUCUUACUGUCUAGUACUUAGUUAGCAGUCUGGAGAGACUUGGCAGGCAUGGUGAUCAUGCUUUGGUAGAGAGAGAUUGGUGGCCCUUAGAUGUGUUUGCUGGUUGCCAACUUGACACAAACUAAAGUCACCUGAGAAGAGGGACCCUUAACUAGUAAGGAGUUACUUCUAUUGGCCUGUAGGCAAGUCUGUGGGACAUUCUCUUGCUUGUGAUUGAUUGAUGUGGGCCGGCUCAGCCCACUGUAGGUGGUGGCACCCUGAAUAGGUGGUCCUGGCUUCUUUAAGCAAGUUAAUCAAGCCAUGGAGAGCAAGCUGGUCAGCAGCAUUCCUCCAUGUAUCCUGCUUGAGUUCCUGCCUAGACUUCUCUCGGUGAUGAAUUGUGAUUGGGACAUGUAAAUCAAAUUAAACCCUUUCUUCCCCAAGUUGCUUUUGGUCCUGAUGUUGGUUGCAGCAACAUAACACAAACUAAUACAAAUAAAACAAACCAUACAAAGUCCAACAAGGGUUCUAUCGCCUGUUUUGAGGCUCUCGGACAUUUGUGAAAAGUUUGCAUACAGACUUCAUGGCUGAAACUGUGUAGUUAUGGGACAGCGCAUCUUGAAAGCACAUUUAAGAUGGAAUUUUUUUUGUUUUUUUAAAGUGUUUUCUUUGAAUAGACAGGUUGCUCCAGCCUUUUGGAAGUGUGAAGUGCAUCCCAUGCCAGUUAACCCAUCCAUGGUGAUCAGACUUGGUCAGAGCCAUCCAUGCAUUCUGGAGGAUGGUGGCCUUGGCAUGACCUAUAGUUUCCAAUGGCAGCUAUGCAUUAUCAGCAUGGUGCCAGGGUGAAUUAGCUUUUAGCAUUGUUUAGAUUCAACCUAUCUUUUCCUUGAGGCCCACACCCCUGAGGGACCUGUGUGGAGAGAUCUUACUAUGACUUGCUAUGACCUGGAUGGUGGCCUUGCAUUUUAACUGCUUUGCACGAGAGAAGCACUAGGAGCCUCCCUGAGACCUGAGAGUUCCUGAGGAAGAAAUAAUGUUUACGCAACGAGCACCCAAAUCUGGAUAUAGGAGAAAAUUCCCUGCGUGCCCUCCUGGGUGGCUCUACAAUGAGUGCCAAGUCUGCCAUCAGCAAGGAAAUUUUUGCACCUCUUGAUGAAAGAAUGCUGGGAGCUGUCCAAGUCAAGAGAAGGACAAAGAAAAAGAUUCCAUUCUUGGCAACUGGGGGUCAAGGCGAAUACUUAACUUAUAUCUGCCUGUCAGUGACAAACAAGAAACCCACACAGGCAUCUAUCACGAAGGUCAAACAGUUUGAGGGCUCCACAUCAUUCGUCCGAAGAUCCCAAUGGAUGCUUGAGCAACUUCGCCAAGUUAAUGGUAUUGAUCCUAAUCGGGAUUCUGCAGAGUUUGAUUUGUUGUUUGAAAAUGCCUUUGACCAGUGGGUUGCUAGCACGGCCUCAGAAAAGUGCACCUUCUUCCAGAUCCUCCACCACACCUGCCAGAGGUACCUCACAGACAGGAAGCCAGAGUUUAUUAACUGCCAGUCCAAAAUUAUGGGAGGAAAUAGCAUCCUCCAUUCAGCAGCUGAUAGUGUGACCAGUGCAGUACAGAAGGCAAGCCAGGCCUUGAAUGAGCGUGGGGAACGGUUAGGCCGAGCAGAGGAGAAGACAGAAGACAUGAAGAACAGUGCCCAGCAGUUUGCAGAAACGGCACACAAGCUUGCAAUGAAGCACAAAUGUUGAGACACUGCCUAUCCUGAUAAAACCUCUGAAGAAAGUAGAAGAGUUUGUUCAGCAGUUAUUACAAGAUUUCCAGACGGCUGCUUCUUUGGUUUUGCUGUUGUUUUGUUUGUUUGUUUGUUUGUUUUCCCAAUGUAAGGACAUUGAAGGGUUUGGUUUUUCAUGGUCUGAUGUUAAUAUGAAUGAAUGGCAGCGUGUUGUGUGCAUACAUUUCCUUUCUUGCUAAGGAAUGCUGCAAUAGCGUUGGCUUUACUUUUACUUUUUCCAUUGUGUGUAUGUGAGUAUGUAUCUGUGUGUGUGCAUAUGUUCCUUUUGAAGGAAAAUUGUUUUUGUAGUUCAAAUAUGAAAUUCAGACCAAAUAAUAAGCCAGGUAUAAAUUAACAAAAUGUAUUUUUUUUCUCUCUGAAACUAAGCAACAAAAUAGUUCAAUAUGGUGGCAUCAGAUGAUGGUCCUGAUCAAAUAAAUGCCAAGCAGUGCUUUCACUUAUUCUUCUAGUCCUCUUCAUUUGAAGAGAAAAAUUAAAAUUCAUUAUGGAAAACACAUGGGCGUAUCAGGGGAAUUGGAUUUUGUCUUUUCAUGUUAAUCUUUUUGCAUGAACCAUCAAGAGCAUUCACAAAACAAAUCAGAAUCUCAAAUAGAAAUCUACUCUCUGGGCUGAUGCAUAAACAUUCCUGCUCUUUCCUUCUAGUCUGAUUACUUGGAAUUAUCAUA